GGUUCCUUAUCUACUGAUAAAUUAUGGAAUGGCAAAGUGAUUAAUUUGGGUAAAUUAAAUGGUAAUUUAUAAGUAUGCCAAACAUUCAAUUCAAUUCGUAAUGAUCGUAGUAAUUAUCUCACGGUUGGUAGGGAUAAUCGCAUAAACGUUAAAUGAAAAUGGCUGUCGAAAUCUUUUGUCAUCAUUUUAGUUAGUAGUUCUUCUCGAUAUCUCGCGGUGUGUUGUGUUGUUUGUUUAUUUUAGACGAUUAUUAAUAGGUUUUUGAUAGUUUAAAAUAGGAAUUUGUGCCGCAAAUUAGUCAUAAGCGACGUUUUAUCCCCAAGCUUGAACAGAUUGACAUUCCCAAGAGCUAGAAUUUCCCACAACAAAUCUGCGACGAGCAGAAAGAUUUUUGGGCGUAAUUAUCAAAUCUACUGGAAUAUGGAGGCAUCGCAUCAUUAACCGGAGAACCGAGUCGAAAACUAUUCAAAAAAGAAGAUGAGGAAGUCUCUGGAAGGUGAACCACCUUGUGUUGCGGCGCAGCGUAAAAGGGGGUUUUCGAGAUUCUCGCUGCGACGCCUCUUGUAUGCGAGUCCCAUUGUAGGAAGAAGAUUUCCUCCUACACGUAGUAUGUCUACCUCAUCUAAAUAUCACAAAAAUCAAGGGAAUAGUAAAGAUAUGGCCGAUACACGUUCAGAACAUUCUCGUGAUGUGGAACGUGAGCUCCAUAGUUGCGGACUUGGACACAAUGUAGAACUUCACGAAGCUAACAGUAGAACGUCAGUCUUAACCACCAGUACAAAAAGUGGGGAUGGGACUUUGCCGAUGGAGUGCCCAUUAUGUCUUACCGAAUUUCCCAUUGAAGAAUUAUGCGAAAUCAUGGCAUGUGGGCAUCGCUCUUGUUUGCCUUGUUUGCAGCAGUAUCUUCGUGUCGAAAUAACCGAGUCGAGAGUUUCUAUUUCGUGCCCUGAAUGCUUGGAGAGAUUACAUCCCAAUGAGAUUCGUAACAUUGUAAAUGAUAGUGUGCUGUAUGAAAAGUAUGAAGAUUUCAUGGUUAGAAGAGUGUUGGCGGUGGAUCCUGAUACUAGGUGGUGUCCGGCACCUGAUUGCAGAUUUGCAGUCAUUGCAAGUGGUUGUGCAAGUUGUCCAAAACUCAAAUGUGAAAGACCGGGAUGUAACUCGUACUUCUGCUACCACUGUAAAGCGGAAUGGCAUCCCAAUCAAACCUGUGAUGCAGCUCGUGCUCAACGAUCACCAAAUGUUCGCUCAUCUUCAAUUAGUUUUAGUCAAGAUUCGCAACAUCGAGAUGAUAUCAAACCGUGUCCACGAUGUCAAGUGCUGAUAGUGAAAAUGGACGACGGUUCCUGCAAUCAUAUGAUGUGUGCCGUUUGUGGUGCCGAAUUUUGUUGGCUGUGCAUGAAAGAAAUUAGUGAUUUACAUUAUCUUAGUCCGUCAGGCUGUACUUUUUGGGGCAAGAAACCUUGGUCGCGCAAGAAAAAGAUUUUAUGGCAACUCGGAACAUUGGUCGGGGCGCCUGUUGGUAUUGCCCUUAUCGCUGGUAUCGCAGUGCCCGCAAUGAUCAUAGGAAUUCCAGUUUGGGUCGGAAGAAAGUUGUAUACAAGAUACAAAAUAUCAAACAAACAUAAACGUAAUGCUGCUAUUGUUGGGGGUGUUAUAGCAUCG